UACUAAGCGCAGUCGAUGCUACCUACAGCCGGUCGUUAGACGCGUAAUAUGGCAUCAAAUAAAAUGAUUUAACACGUGAACUAAUUUCAACUUUCCACGUAAGAUUAUGUGUUAUGUGAUACGUCAUCAGUGCCAUCUUAAGCAUUUUCGAAAUAGUUACCGCAUUGUCCAGUGAAUAACAAUCCAGUGGCCAAUAAGUUCAAGGAUAAUUAGUGUCGAGCACAUAAAAUGGAGUCAGAAGGGACGAGCCUAAGUAAAGUGAGAGAGGCGAACUGGCCAGCGGUUCUGUUCUUCAUUCACAUCCACCUCCUUUCCUUUUAUGGUAUAUGGCUGGUUAUAUUCGAAGCUAAAUGGAUGACUCUAUUGUUAUUGGUGGUGCUAUCGUCAGUAGCGGUUCUGGGGGUGACGGCAGGCGCCCACCGACUCUGGGCCCACGGGGCGUACAAGGCCAGCACUGGGCUUCGAAUCGCGCUGAUGAUAUUCCAAACAUUGGCGGGUCAGGGCACAAUCUACGACUGGGUGCAGUACCACCGUCUGCACCACGCCACGUUCGCAACAGACGCGGAUCCGUUCGACUACAGGCGAGGCUUCGGGUACGCGCACGUCAUCGCGCGCCUGCGCAAGCUGAGCCCGCUCCAGGAGAAGCUCAAGAGCGAGAUCGACAUGUCGGAUCUUGACAAUGACCCUGUUGUGGUCUUCCAGAGCAAAGCAUACUGGAUCAUGUACGGUAUAUUGUUCGUGCUGCUGCCACUGAACGCUCCGCUCGAGUACUGGAAUGACUCCAUCCUGAGCGCAGUAUUCGUGAUCGGGUUCGCGCGGUACCUCGUCAUCCUGCACGCCUCCUGGCUCGUGGAAAGCGGCAUCUGCGUUUGGGGACUCCAGCCUGGGGAAAAAUGCCCACCAGAUUCCAACUGGCUGUUCAUACUAACCAAGACAUUCUGGCCUCACUACCACUACAUGAUGCCUUAUGACUACAAAUCAGACGAAUAUGGCACUUAUGAUUCCGGGUGCACCACAGCUUUCAUCCGGGUAUGGGCGGCCUUGAACCUGGCCACAGACUUGAAGACUAUAGACACACCGGUACUCCAAAAAGCUCUCGCUGAAGCAGCUAAUUCGAAACGUCCUGUCCAGACGUGUCUAGACGAAGCUGUGUCGAAACAGAGCCUUCCCGCGGGCCAUUAUCUACAACGAGGCUGAUGCUUGCUGAUACUUAGAUACAAUUAUUAAUAUCCAGUAAAGUAUAAACUAAAGUGUAAAGUUUCAUUUAUACUUCAACCACACCAAUACGUGAGAUCGCCAUAGAUCAAUGACAGGUCACGUGGACUGUCAUGGGUAGCGCGACCUGUCAUUGGCCUAUGAUCGCGCCAGCGAUGGCGAUAUAUGCACGCGAGUGUAGUUGAAUCUUUAUUUUGACAGAUAUAACAUCAUGAUAAAGAAAAUAAAUAAAUCUCCCGAUACAACUAUUUACCCGACUGCGCCAGAAGGAGGGUUAUGUUUUUAGCUUACAUACCAAGGAGUCAACAGGAAUAUCAGAUAGGUACCUACAUAGGUCUUAGCAUGAAAACAAUUUUCAAUUAUACUUUUUUAACUUCUUCAAUACAAAAUAAAUUGUCAAGAAAUAUGCCUAAGUUCUUAAUGUGACUGUAAACGUGUAUAAUUUCUAAUUAGGAUAUUAAUGUAAAGUCAAAUGUGUAAACAUUCACAAUUUCUAUUUUAUUACAUUUAAUUAAAGCAA